AUGAUCCUCCUAGGCUAUCCCAGCCCGACGAUUAUCGCUUGGGCAGACCAAGACCGCGCCAGUGGGCUUCUUGGAGGCGGUUCGCAUUUUGCCAAAAUCAGACGUACUCUGGAUUACAUCAAUGACCCUAAGCGUCGCAACCAGCCCGGCUUCGAUGAUGAGCUCGUCAUGAUGCUCGAUGCAUACGACAUUUGGUUCCAGCUCCCUGUCGACGUGCUCUUAUCUCGCUACAACGCCAUUCUCGAGGACGAUGCCGCACGAGUUUCUCACCGCAUGGGUCGAGCUUAUACCGUGGAGGGCAUCAGUUCACGAGUUGUCUUUGGGGCAGGCAAACGCUGCGCACCGAAUCUGCUCAACUCGGUGGCCUGCUAUCCCGUCCCGGAAUCACCACUCCCAGACGAUCUUUAUGGCGGAAACACGGAUACUUUUAUCGGAACCAGCCAGUGGAGUAGCUACCGAACUCGCUAUCUCAACUCCGGAUUCAUCAUUGGGCCGGUGGGAGAAGUGCGUCGCGUGUUGGAGAGAGCUCUGGAGAAACUGGAAGAAUGUCAGAACCGAAAGGGCGCUUCGUUUGAUGACGGAACGGGAGCGUCGGAUGCGUGUUACCAUGGAAGCGACCAGAGCAUCUUUGUCGAGAUGUUUGGAGAACAAGAGUAUUAUCGCGAAGUCAUGAGGCGACACCAUCGCACCCGUGUUGACGAUGUGCUUGAUCGAGUCGUCCCCGGACGAGCUGGAUCAAGGCCGCCUCCUACCGAUGUCCAGCAGGUCCCCGUGCUGGAUCGUCUGGAACCGGCUUUCACUCAUCAGCAGUACAACAAGACGCAUCUUCCCAACAAGCCCUAUGAAUUCGGCAUUGCUCUGGAUUACUGGUCUCUGUUGGGUCAUCAGACGUCCAACGCCGUGACUGAUGCACGGUAUAUCCGACACAACCUCCCCGUGAAGCAGCAAAUGGGCAAAACCGGGAAAUUCGACUGCGUUCCCAAAACCGAAAUGAUGUCCUUACCAAACGACUUACCCAGCGACCGGCCUCUGCCAUGGAUGAGAGGAAGCAUGCCGGAUAUGUGGGCGGCGAUGCCGCUGUACACGGAGAUUUGCAUCGGCACGGUGCCCGUCAUGAUCCAUCACAACUCGGUGGAAAAGUACCAGCGGGAGAGGCAGUGGAGUCAGACGUGGUGGUACAGGAGAGCGAAGCCGCUGUUUGAGGAGAGGCGCAAGGAGGGCAUCGCGCAGUUGGCGGAGGGCAUUCCGACGGAUCGCGGGACGAUGGAGAAGUGGGAGAUGAUUUGUCCCAAGUUUCUGGAGAAGGAGUUGUUUAGGAAUGAAAGGGGGAAUUGA